UGCGACGGUUAGAGCUAACACCAUGAAUAGAAAAACAAGAAGUAAUAAGAGAGGUACAACCUGUGAACGUUGUGGACGAGAAUGCUCAACUCCUCAAAAACUUCGUGAGCAUCUUAAGCGAAAGAAUCCUUGCAAACCAUUACAAGAUCAGAAAAAAAUAGCUGAUGGGGUAGAUGAUCCCAAAAGGAUCCCUCUAACCUUGACCCUCGCUUCUUCUACUCAAAUAUCAAAUCAAAUAUCCAUUCAAAAAGGAAACCAACAGGUUAAGCAAAAACAUGUUCAAGCAGUUAAUCAAAAGCAUAAAAAAGGAGUCGUAGCUGAAAUUCGUAAAGAAAUAUUUACAGAAAGUGAUACCCCUAUUCAAACUUCUGAUCCUGGUGAGCAUUUCAUGUCAUGGAGAGCAAGAUUACAAAAAAGUUUCAAGAAUCUUGUAGGAAUCAAUCCUACCAUAAAUAACUUAGAUGAUUGUAAAGGCAUUUACCAUUACUUAUCGAAAAAUGAACCAAGUAGUCAAACUAGUAAAGAAAAAACAAAUAAUGAAGAAUUUGAGUGUUUGGGAAAAAUUACUGAAGAAGGAUCGGAAAAGGAUUUAGAAUUUAGGGAGCAAGAAGAAUUGGUAACAGCAGUUAAAAGAAGAGCUAUAGCCGUACAUCGUGCAAAAGUUCCUAGAUUGCAUCCAGAUAAUGGAAGUGAUAUACGAAAAAUGUUAGAAAGCCAAAGAAAACAAUUUAAGGAAUUACUCGAAAAAGAAUUUGACAAGCAUGGACAAUUCAAGUUCGCUUUAUGUUCUCUUACCAAAUUUCUUAUAGAUGAUAAACCUGGAAAUGAAAAACAAGGAAAAAGAAUUCACGAACUGACUGGCUUAGAAAUAAGCAAAUUAUAG